UUAAGACUGUAAUGGCACGGAGGUAGGUCAAUGAGCUUUUCACAUUUUUCACACUUUUGUUAAGACCCUUUUCCAGGAACAGGGGAUAUGAUAUCUAUCGUCUUUAUUAUUAUGAUUAUUCAUAGGUAACGGAAAAUGGGAUAUGACAGAUUUACAUUUUUUAGGCUACUCGGAGCUGUAGCAAUAGCCGACCACAAAUAGGUCUAUUUCAUCGAAGUUUGUGCUGUUUAGUUGAACGUUGACGCUUUAAUGAAGACAAUGCUGGCCAAUUAAGAGUUAAUGUUUUAACGAAGAUUAUCAAUCGCCCGAAACUGUUUAUUUACUUUGGCAUAGAAGUGGAAAUAGAAGUGAAAAUGUGUAACAGUAGCCCCGUAAAAAGUAACAAGUUAAAAAGCACAUUUUUGACUUCUUUAGUUAAGAGGCAUAGAGCCGGGGAAUAACCCGAGCUCAGUGCCUCCACUGUCGACCUUCGUGACUGGAAUGUGAGGGGAGUUAUGAAGAUCCGCCAUGGAGGUAGAUCAUCAAAGCUACAAAAAUGGGGGAGAUGUUUGGCCAUAAGGAAGCACUUUUCAAAUGUGUUCUGCACAUCAGGCCACUACUCAUCGCAAUGCAGGAAUUUCUUGGUGUUCUGUGGUGUUGUGCUGGCCUUGGUGCUGUAUGCGCAGGUGAACAGACUGCACAGUCUUGUGUGUGGAAUCUUCAUACCGCAGUAUCACUAUCCAUAUGCAGUGCCCCUCACCUUUGCACAGGUGAUCAUCAUCUACCUGGUGUGGCAGCUCUUGCAUGGCGUGGGGGUGGUGUCUCUCCGGCCGUACAGCCUGAGGCUUGGGGAGCAGAUGCUGGUGCCGGCAGUGUGCGGUAGUGCCCAGGCCGUGCUGGAGCUUUGGGCACAGGCCAGCACCCACUCGGGGCUUUACCCGCUUGUCACACGCCUGCUGCCCGUCCUCAGUGUACUGUGGAGCCACCUGUUGGCACUCAACACAACACCCCGCCUGUACUGGACAGGUUUACUGGCCGGAGUCACGCUUAGUUCCAUAGCCAUAAAAGUUGCCAUGGGUGUGCAUUUCGUGGAGCCACUGGAGUGGGUCUACGCUCCUUUGAGUGUGCUCCUCCACAGUCUCUCCCUGGCCUGGAUGUCCAAGGUUGCCGAGGCCCAUCGCCACCGCCACGGCACUGUGUUCGACUGCUACUACUCGCUGGUGGUGAUGCGCGUGCUGGUGCAGGGCUUCCUCUGCCUCCUCCACCCGGAUGGACCCAAGGCCCUGGCGGAGGGCAACUGGUUCACCCUGCUCUUCAUAGGCUACCUCCUGGCCAUAAUCCUGCUCGGAGCUCUACAGCACAUCCUGGUGGACAUGACGGCACUCUACUUCUCGCCCCUGGCAGCUUCCUUGCUGUACUCUGCCAGAGAGUUGGCCCUGCCUUUUUACAGCCUGCUGCUGUCGAGAUAGAGAGGACUACACAAAGAUGGAAAAAUAUUGUUGAUGUCCAGAUCAGGUGAAGGACACUUCGAUAUUGGUGAUGAUUAUUCAGAACAUGGACAACUGCAAUGCUAUUUAAAUAUAUUGUAUAUGUUUACAGGCAUCUCAUUAUACACAUCAAAACGUCAUGGAAUUUAUUCAUAUUGGACUUAGCAAAAAAAGUCCUAUUUAUGUGAGCAUGUCCAACUACUGAACGAAAUCUGCUGGCUUGGUGAAUGCUGGUGAGGUGAGUGUAUGGAGGUGACCAAUGUGUAGCAGUCACUGGUGAAGCACUCUCACUCUUACCUGAGGCCAAGUCCUCAUGACACUGGGGGAUUUCAAAUGACGUGGUUAUAGGCAUCACAAAGGGUCUGUUGUUCAGGCACUGACAGAAACCUUCAACACCCAGACAGACUUAUUCUUAGUGUUCAUGCAUUGCAAUCACACAGCUUAGCUAUGGAGAGUUAAUAUGCUGCUUAACUGGUCAGCCGUGCCAGAAAUUUUAAUGUUGGAAAACCAC